UCUAUUCGAGUUCAAUGGAAUUCGUAGGCGCCUGAACAAACAGUUCAAGCUACAUAUCAAUGAAUCAGCAUAAUCUAUCAUUAUUGUAGUCACGUGGUAACGUUAUACGGAUAAACAAAGUAGCAACAUAGUGUGAUGUUAAUAUACUGUAACAAUUAACAAACAAGAACACAAUAAUGGCAAGAUAGACUGCUGGCGGUUUUCACAGUAUGUGGAAGAGGCACAUCGUUAACGUUACGGCUUGGAAGGCAACGCCUGGAUAAAGAAGAUAAGGGCGACAUUAUUUUCCCCUGCAUUGGAUUUAAGAAUAUGGGUGUAACGUUACCUCAACGGUGCAUUAAAGUAAUCUGGGUCCUUGGUUUGUUUUAUGGGCUCAGCGACAGUACUGAAAGCUCAGCCUCACACCAGACCUCCCAGCUGUCUGCAUAUGAAGUGACUGUCCCCAGACGGAUAGGGAAGCAGAGGAGAGACCUGGAUGGAGUGACCUCAGGCACGGUCUCCUAUGUCAUCCAUGCCCAGGGGAAGGACCACAAGGUCGUCCUGGAGAAGAACGAGCUCCUGCUUCCGGAUGACUUCACCGUGUACUCGUACGGAAAGGAUGGCGCUCUGGUUACAGAGAGGCCCCGCGUGCAGGAUCACUGUCACUACCAGGGUUAUGUGGAGGACAUGGAGGGCUCGUCUGUGGCCCUGAGUAUCUGCACAGGCCUGAGGGGUGUCCUGCACAUGGAGAAUGGGAGCUUCGGGAUCGAGCCCCUGGGGAACUCCACUGGCUUCCAGCACCUGCUGUACCGGCUGGAGGACGUGCGGACAGAACCGCUGACGUGUGGGACAGGUCACACGGAGACGGACCACACCCAUGACCACAACCACGACCACGAACCGCGUGCAGUCCCCGUCAGCCACCUGCUCAGAAGAAAACGGGCAGUGCUGCAUCAGACACACUACGUGGAGCUGCUACUGGUGGUGGACAAUGACAGAUUUAACUCCAUGCACCGGAACCAGACAGCAGUGCGCGAAGAAAUGGUCGAGCUUGCCAACUACCUCGACAUCAUGUAUGUAGCCUUAAACAUCCGCGUGGUUCUGGUGGGGCUGGAGAUCUGGAGCCAGGGGAACCCCAUAAACACGGAUGGCAGUGCGGGGGAGGUGCUGGGCCGCUUCGUCCAGUGGAGGGAGCAGAACCUGGCCAGCCGGCGGAGACACGACAGCGCCCAGCUCAUCCUGAAGAAGAAUUUCGGGGGCACAGCGGGGAUGGCGUUCGUCAGCACAGUGUGCUCUCGGAGUCACGGGGGCGGGAUCAACGCGUAUACCAACAACAACGUCCAGGUCUUUGCCUCCAUCGUGGCUCACGAACUGGGCCAUAACCUGGGCAUGAACCACGACAGGACUGACUGCGUCUGCACCACGGGGAGCUGCAUCAUGAACUCCGGAGCUACCGGCUCGCAGAACUUCAGCAGCUGCAGCGCCGACGACUUCGAGAGACUCAUCCUCCACAACGGCGGCAGCUGCCUGCUCAACAUCCCGCGGCCCGAGGAGGCCUACAGCGCCCCCUACUGCGGGAACAAGCUGGUGGACGUGGGGGAGGAGUGCGACUGCGGCUCCGACAAGGAGUGUGAGAAAGAUCCCUGCUGUGAGGCCAAGACCUGCAAGCUGAAAUCAGGCGCGCAGUGCGCCGAUGGAGUGUGCUGCAAACACUGCCAGUUCCUGCCAGGCGGGACUGAGUGCAAGAGCAGCAUGGAUGAGUGUGAUCUGCCCGAGUUCUGCAACGGCUCAUCCCCGCACUGCCAGGGCGACGUCUUCAAGCAGGACGGACACCCCUGCAAGGAGGGCCAGGCCUACUGCUACAGCGGGAAGUGCCAGCACUAUGACACGCAGUGCCAGGUUAUCUUUGGGGAGAAGGCCAACGCUGCCCCAGAACUCUGCUUCAAAGAUGUCAACUCGAAGGGAGACCGCUUCGGGAACUGCGGUUACCAGGGCCAGGGCUACAAGAAGUGCGAAAGCAGGAACGCCAUGUGCGGGAAACUGCAGUGCGAGAACGUGCAGAGCAAGCCGUUCAUCAUCGAGCCCUCCAUCAUCAAGACGCCCAUCGCUGGGACCAAGUGCUGGGGGGUGGACUUCCGGCUGGGCACGGACGUUUCUGACCCGGGCAUGGUGAACGAGGGGACCAAAUGUGCCGAGAACAAGGUGUGUUUAAAUUACCAAUGUGUGGACGUGGAGGUACUCAAAUAUGACUGCAACGUGCAAGAAAAAUGCCACGGUCAUGGUGUAUGCAACAGCAAUAAAAACUGUCACUGUGAAGAUGGCUGGGCCCCUCCCAACUGCGAGGCCAAAGGCUAUGGUGGCAGCAUUGACAGUGGCCCCACGUGGAACGAUAAGGACACGUCCACCAGGGACGGCCUGCUGGUCUUCUUCCUCCUGGUGCUGCCGCUGCUGGCCGCGGGCCUGUACGUCUUCUUCAGGAGGAACGAGCUGCGGCGCCGCUUCUGCAGGAAGAAGAGGUCCCAGGGCUACGAGGCCAACAGCAGAUCUCCAGCCCCCAGUGGGCAAGGGGCACCCCAAAGAGGCAACGCCAACAACAUCGUCAAGGACGGACACCAGGUUCAGUUAUUACCGCCAGAGGAGGUCGUACAGACGAACAGGUCUGCAUCUGCGCCAGCGUACGCCACCAAACCUCCGCCGCCUGCCCGUCCACGACCACCUGCUGCAACACAACUUGUGCCUCAAAGACCUGCCCCACCACCACCAUACAGCACAUGAGUGCAGGGGGUGGGAUCGAUCGAACUCUUCCCUGAAGCUUUUGAACCGCAGUCAGCCAAAAUGUAACUUAGACACGCAGUCACUUGAAAGAUAAACUCUGCCUGCAAUAAGGGACACUUGACAACCCACACAAGUCUCUGUUCUCAACGAGGCCUCUGAAGACCCAUAAUGCCAGGAGAGGAAAUUGGAGUUCAUGAGCAGUAGGACCACUGCUGUACUAACUGCCCGUCAAUAUCAAGUCAAGAUAUGCCAUAGGAAUGUCAAAAUUACACUUCUCAAGCCCUGGAAAACAUGAGAAAUGCUGUGUCAGUUUUUUUCAGUUCAGUUAUUUGAAUUCAAGUGUUACUGGACACCCCUAUUUCCAAAGUGGAAUGUAAACAAUGCACUGGUUUAUUUUCAAUUGGGGACAAAUGCAUCAUUUAACUUGGUUAGGUACUGCUAAUUGCCCUCAUACUGAGCAACACUGUGUAUCUUUUUUUCAAUAAUCUUAUCCAAAAUCACUGUUUUCGUUGUUUUCAGAAUAAUAUUGCCUCGAAUAGUUUUUACCUGAAUGUGAUUUUCAGGUUUUUUUAUUUUUUAUUUUUUAAUCUAUCCAAUUUGAUGUCCCCAAAACAUUCCACCCUAUCCAUUCAUACAUUUACUCUUUAUAUGCUCACUCAAGUUCAGUACUAUACAGGUUCUGGGUAGCUAAAGCCACGCGUGUGCAAUAAAUCAAAAGAUUGCCGUUAAGCCUCUGAGAUUCUGUGCAUCUGGAACAUGCUGGAUCUGUACAUUUCCCAUUCAGCUUUGGGGCAGACAGAAUCACCUGUGUGGUGAACAGCUGAAUGACUUGGACUCAUUGUUUUUAUGAAUGAUUUUGCAGUUUUGCGAGCCAGGCAGGAGAAGAGUCAGCCUGUAGCUCUGAUCCCAUUGUUGCUGUUUAAUUUGUUUUAUUUAAUGAAUUUGAAAAGGACAUUUGUUUAUAUUUUUGCCAACUUAGGUAUUACCUACACAGGUAAACUAUAGUCCAUGUAUCAGUCUUGCUUUUUAUAUAUAUAUUAUAAAUUUCAUGUUUCUGAUGUGGUUGUUGCUGACUGAUUUGACUGGGGAGUUGUUUUUUUGUCUAUGAUACUUGCUUGUUAAACAUGAUGUAUGGUCCAAAACAGUCCUUUUGUAUUUGCAUUGAUCCUAAGGGCUACGGGGCAUUGCACGAAAAUUUGACCAUCCCACGAAUGAAAAGCUAAACGACGUAAACGGAACCUGCCCAGAUCUUUUAAGGUUUGAGACAUUGAUUGUACAAGAUCCUUACUCUGCACUGUACCCUGGUGAACUGUUACUUAUUUUAAUAAUAAGAUCCCAUGAUUUUCCUGUCUCAGGAACCUUUUUGAUCUGCAGGUCUAUUAUCCAUAGUAUAUGUAUAGAUAUUAUAUCUACCAGCUUUGAAACCUAUUGCACUCUUGCUAUAGAUGUUUAAUGCCACUGCCCCCUGCUGCAUAGGUGUGUCGGUGGGAUAUGGCACUGCAAUACGGCACCUUUCCAACAUUUCCAAAGGUGCCCCAUCACAUACCUCUUGUUCUGCGUCGAUGUCCAAUAGGGCUCAACCUUAAGAGGACCUGUAUGGUGCCAUGCAGCAACUGCAUAAAUUGGUGUUGGAAUAAUUGUGUUUUAAAAAAUCAUGUACAGUACAUAUAUGUGAUUUACUUUUUCAUAUGUCAUGUUUGUUGAAUGUCUUGUAACUGUAUUGUGUGUAUCUGGGAGCUGGAGUAAGGAAAGGUAACAAUGAAUAGGAUGACUUAUAAUUGCACCGCACUUAACUCUCUUCCAGGUCCUAAUUAUAUGACUGGUUUUGUGGUUUACCAAUGGCGAGCUGCCGAUUCAUUGUGGCUCCAGGAAGGACUUGUUUUAAUGCCCUUUGAUUUGGUUUGCUGUCUGCCUGACUGGUGGUGGUGGUGGUGGUGGUGGUGGUUUUGGUGUUGCAUAUUAAAUAAAAACGCACUGUUAUGUU